UGAAAAUAUAAUAAUUUAGUCAUGAUUAAUUAUUAAAUAACUUUUUAAAAACUUUCAUCGGAUAUCGAUGUUAAACAGCAAUACUUUUUAUAUUCUUGUGUACCAUUAGUCUAUGUUCAGUUUAAAUCUAUUGUUGUUGUAUAUUUGUUCACAGUUUACAUAACGUGUUUGAUAACUGCAUUUUACAAUAACGCUUUAAUAGUUUGUUUUAAUAGUGAAUAAUUAAUAUAUUACAACAAUAUGUGCACCAAUAAAGAACAGAAAACGAACAGGAAUAAGCAUUUUUCAGGCUGUGAAAAUCAGUUCUUAAUAAUAAUUGAUUUGGCCUGUAUAACAUGGCCUGCCUAAAUUUGUUUUAUUACUAUUAAAGUCACCUACCUACCAUAUCUCAAUGUAUUGUUUUUAAAUUUAUUGAUACUUAGUGACUUGGCACUGAGACAAUGGCCAAAUCUACAUUAAUAUCCAAUGGUAUAAUCUUUAAUGAAAAUAAUCACUUCAGAGAAAAAUGUAAAAUGUUGAAGAAAAUUAUAAAACACAACGUUUUUGUUAGUUUAUUAAAUAUUGAUAAAAGGACGCCACAUCAUUAUUUGUCUACUUAACUAGUAACCUCAAUGGGUGUAGAAAAAAAAUUGUAUUUUUAAGUUUCAAUGUUAAUUUGGCUCUUAUAUACUUAUAAUGAAUUUUCACCAAAUUAAAUACAAUAACAUUUAAUAUAUUUAUGCAGAGAAAUGUUAUUGAUAUAUAACUUUUAUAUAAUUAGACCAUCCAUGAAAUUUAAAUUUAAAACUGAUUAAUGAAAAUCCAAAAAAAUCACUGUAAAAAUAUUGUAAAUGUCUUUAAUUUGGUGAAAAUUUGGUAUAAGUACUAUAGCUAGAAUACUGUUUAAAUGCAAAUACAAUUUUUUAUUUUAUUGCUAGUUAGAAAGACAGGUGAAUACUGCUCGUGGCGUCCAUCUCAAGUAUUAUACAUUUAUUAUCUGUUAAUUGAUAAUAUCGCUUAUAAAUUAACUUUCAAGGAAAAUGCUGCAAUUUGUGAUGAAAUAUCAGAUACCCAAGAACGAUUAAUAAUCACACGAGAAGAAUGCAAGUUCUUAACAAAAAAAUUGAAGUUAUUUGAGCCUGAAAAUGGUAAGUAAAUUUUAUACAAAUACAUAGCAGAUAUUUAAUUCAUAAUUGUUUUUUUUUAUUGGGGUUAUUUUGAAGAAUACUUAAUGUUAUGUAGUACAGCUUUUUUUUCUUAUUUAAGUUAGUAGUGCAAAUGUGCUAUGGUUAAUUUUUUAAACAUAUAUGUAUGUUAAUUAUAUCUUUUUACAUUUCAUAUUUUAGGAUUUAAAAUAAUAAUCAUUACAAAUUAUACUAAUCAGAAAUCUUUAACAAAAUUUUAUUUUGCUUUAUUGUGCGUAUUUGACCCCAAUAGAAUUUUUUUAAAUAUUUCAUCGAAAAUUAAGAACUAAUAUGCAAUAAUUUGUCAAUCAUCACUGUAGCAACAAUAUUAUAGUUUCAUUAAGAUUUCCUAAGAAAUAAUAAAAGUACCAUUUAUUUAAUAAUUCAUUUUAAUAAUAAAUGAUAAAAUGUAUUUUAUUGUAUGUAGCCAAUACCUAUUAAAAUGUUAAAUUAUAAUUAAAUAUUUUAGUACUUUUUAGUGUAUAUAAAUCAGUAAUCCAGUUAUAACUUAUUUUUUUAAUGCAGUUAAAAUUACUUUUUUGUAUUUUAAUAUGGCUAAUGGAGGGGGUGGGGGUGAGCUGAAGUAAUUGAAGUCCCUUAACCAUGCUCCUGUGCAUGCCACUGAAUGUUUAUAUCACCUGUAUGGAAAAUACAUAAGUAAAUAAUAGUUUAACAAACUUGAAUGCUAACUUUAAUCUAAUUGUUCUAAUUAUGCUUUUUGUUGAACUCAUUUAUACAGUUUUAAAUAAUUAUUAGAAUUCACUUUCAUUAUUGCACUAAUAUAGAUACAUAUUAAAUCAUUUUCAACAAAAAGUUUAGUAAUAUUAUAAAUAAUAGCUUAAAUAUCUUCAUUUGUUUACAAUAUUAAUUUUUCAGGGAUCCCUGGUAGAAUGAAUGUCGGUCCACCCAAAGUCAAAAAACCCACUGCAAGAAAAAAAGCGAAAAUUAAUGGUAUUUAUAUAUUUUUUAUAAUUUUUUUUAUAUUAUUUUAGUUAGGUACCUAAAAUAAUAAUGUACCAACAUGUACCAUAUUUUCAAUAUUUGUAAUUUUAAAAAACUAGACCAACUAUUUAAUUUUAAAAAUUGUAAAGUUAAUAGAUAACAUUAUUCAUGAAUUAUGCUUAUAAUUAAAUUAUAUCAUCAUAAUUAUAUAUAUUGUAUGUUAUACUGAGUCUUUUUUUUUAUUAUGAACCAGCAAUUUUCUCAGAGGAUUUUAAAUGAAUAUGAUUUCUUUUUUUUAUUUAAUCAUGUAAUCGGUUAAGCCUUUAAAACAAUUUUGAAUAUUUCUCUCCUACUUCAUACACUUUAAAUAAGUAUAUACUUUUAUUUUUCAAGUAGGAACCCCCACUUUUUUGUAACACAGAUUUAAAUAGAGAAUAUUAUUUUGGAAAUGUUGAUAUGCCUAAUACUAAUAUCAGAUUUACUGUUUAAAGUUCAGACUGGAGGAGUAGAAUAUAGUGCAAUCAUGCAAUUUAUUACUCUUCCCUACUCCUUUGAAAAAUUCAAAAUGGUUUAAAAUUAAGCUUAAAUGAUUCUAUAAUAAUAAUAAUAAAAAAAUAAACAGUUAUCAAAUUCACUCAAAAUCCUCAGAGAAAAAUGAUGAUUAAUGAUAAAAAAUUACGCUGUAUAAUUAUAAUUACCAUUAAUAAUAAUUAUUAAUUAAUUAUAAUAAUCUUGGUUUACAUAAAAUUGACUAAAAGUGUCUUAAUACAAUUUUUCCAUGGAAUACAUGGAAAAUCACUUUCAUUGGUUUAUUAGAAAAAUUAUGAAAUUAUAUUAUAUUUUUUAAACAAUAAUAAUUUAGUCCAUUUUCAUGUAAUAUAAUAUUGAUGAUUUUUCAGGUACUCCCGGUAUAAUAAAUGUCUGUCUGAAUAAAGUAAAAAAAUCUACUCCAAGAAAAAAAGGAAAUGUUAAUGGUAUUUAUAUUUUUUGUCAAUUAUUUAUUUAUAUAUUUAUACAUACUCGCGCACAAAAUAUAAUGAUUAAUAUUUUUUUAGACUACAUGCAAUUUUAAUAUUAUUAGAGUUACAAUUAAAUAUAGAUAUCAACACCUGGAGAACAUUAAGUUACUAGCUGGGGAAUGAAGAAUACAGUUAUUGUGAUAGUUCAAAACUUUGAAGGUGUCUUUAUUUCUUCUAUAUUUUCAAGUUGUUAUUCUAAUAUUUAAGGACAAUAUAUUUUUUAUUUACUAAUUUAUGUAGAAAGAAAGAUUUAGAUAUUUUCUAUGAUCUUUUAAUGUUGAUAUUUAAAAAAAAAAUAAUCUAAAAUCUUAUUAUAACAAUUUGAGUCUUUUUGAACUGAAUAUUUGUACAUCAAAAACCAAAACAAAACACUUUGAAUCAAUUCUAAAGAGUUUGUAGAUUAGUGUAAUUAAUUGUGUACAAUUAUAGUUUGUAGUAGUAUAAAGAGACCAUAGGAGAGAUGCAUAUUUAAUUGAAAUAAAUAGAGAAAUACUUUUCAAGGAAAGAUGAUUUUUAAAAUCAAAUAUUGUUUAACAAAGCUUAGUUUUGAUAAAGCUUGGUUUCUUAUCUUAUAAAUAUAUUCAUUAAAAGUCAAUUUUGACUUAAAUCUGACACCUAAAUCAUUGACUGAAGAUGUGAGAUUUAUCAAAAAAUUAUUUAAUUUGUAUUCUGUAAAAAUUAAAUUUUGUUUUUGAGAGAAUGUUAGAUGAAUAUUUGUUAAUAUUACACAUAUUCCAAUACUAUAUCAGUUACAAAAGUUAGUUAAAUCUAUUUGCAAAUUACUAACAUCUAAUAUAGAGUUAUAUUUUUAUACAUUUUUGUGUCAUCUACAAGAACUAAAAUAUUUGAAUGCUUUAACACAGAAGUGAUGCCAUUGAUAUUUAAUAGAAAUAGUAAAGGUGAUAAGUGGUCACCUUGAGGUACACCAGAAGGAACUAAUAGGAUUAAAUAAAAUGUUAACAUAUUUAAUUUAACUUAUUUGACAUUUAAUAAAAAGGAAGAUAUCUAAUGAAUUCAUGAAUUCCAUACUUAUGUAGUUACAUAAUUCACAACUUAUGAUCUAUCAAGGCUUUUUAAAGUCUGUGUAUAGUCCCUAUCAUAGAUUAGAUGUACAUUUGUACUGGCAUAAAGUGUGAUUUGAUGAAAAAUGUAAAUUUUAAUAUUCUGAAUAGGAUCAUAGUUUGUAUUGAACAUGGAAAAUUUCAAAAGUGUAUCUAGUGUCUGAAAAUGGUACUUUUAAUGGAUGGUUUUAAUUUGAUGAACAAAAAUCUUUUAUAGGUUAUAUGUUGUGUUCAAGUUUAUCAAAAAUAAUUUUUAAUAUAUUAAUAUCAGAUUUUAUUGAGGUAGAUUCUAGUACUUUUUCUGAAAGAUUAAAUAAAUAGGUUUUGGGAUCUAGACUGCCUUUUCAUCUUGUUUGGAUAAUUUAGGAGAUAGAGAAGUAUUUGUUCUAUUCUAAUUUUCUUUUUAAGAUAAGUAACUUUGUAGUUAUUUAGUGAAUUUUUGGUUGAUAAUUUCUUCAAUUUCUCCGUCAGAACUACCAAUAUCUUUAAAUGAUUUGUUUUAUGCAUUAACAGAGUUAAUAAUUUUACUAUUUUACUUUGGGUAUUUUUGAAAUCAUUUAAUGAUUUUUCAAUGUAAUCUAAAUGGGAAUCCUUAAUAAUGUAUACAAAUGCUGAAAACUGAUAAUGAGACACAAACACUGUAUGCAAUAUUAUAAACACAAAAUUAUGUCUUACUAUAACAAAUACUAAAGUCUGACUGUGCUGAAUGAUGCUAAUCAUGCUAUUAUAUUAGCUUUUAAAAUUAGUUUAUAUGCAAUAGUCUUAAUACACAUUAAAAAGAAAUGACCUUUGAUGUUUUACUUGUUAACCUUUGAAACCAUUUAUUUUUUAUUAUAAUCAACAACAAUUUUAUCUUUAUUGAUAAUGAAUAUAAUAUUUCUGUAUAAUUAAUAUAUUGAUUUUUCAGGUACCUCUAGUAAAUCUAGUGUCAAUCCGGUUUUGAAUAUAAUUAAAAAAUCUGCUCAGAAAAAAAAAGGAAAUAUAAAUGGUAUGUAAUAUUUAUACAUGAUACAUAUAUAUAAUAUUUAUAAUUUUUGUUGUAUAAAUUUUAAAUGUAUUCUUUGUUAUUUAUACUUUUAUUUCUAAACUCUAUUUUUCUUUCUGUCCAUCACUAUUUCUUUAUUUAGUCCACAUCUUUCUUAAUAACCUCCAGUUAUUUUUUAUCCUAUUUUCUUCCCUGGCUUAACUUACACACUUCCUUGACUGUUUUAUCAAUUUCCCUUAUUCUAUCAACUGAUCCAUACUAUUUCAGUCUAUUAGGUUUCUUCUGCUAUAUCCAUUAUUCAAAAUUACAUCAUGUAUAUUCAUUUCCAAUCAGGUUUUGAAAUAUUCUUAGUAUAAAUAAUAUUGUAUUAAGCAAUACUCAGCAAAAUCACUUUCAUUAUUUUAUUACUAUUAUACCUAUACAAUGAAAUAUGUUUAACAAACAACAAGUGUAUGCCUAUUAUUAUAAUAAUAAUAAUAUAAUAUGAUAUGAUAUACAUUUUUCAGACAUCCCAAGUACAAUAACCACUAAUCCAACUAUAGUCAAAAAAUCUUCUCCGAUAAAGAAAGGAAAUAAUAAUGGUAUUGAAAUAAUUUAUAUAAAUAUGUUUAUAGUUAUAGCAUUUUAAAAAUUUCCUGUUUUAAAUUGAUUUGUAACUAUUAAUUAAGUUUAUAUACAAAAAUAUAUUUAUAUAAAAUAUGUGUAUAUAAAACAAAUUGGAAUGUUAUUAAUUAACAUUAAUCAUGAAUUAUGCUCAUUAAUGAACUAUGAAAGCAUUGAAAUUAUUUAUGUUUAUACAAAAUUGACUUUCAAUGUCUUAAGAGAUAUCACCACCACUUCCCUCUGUUUCUAUUAUUUUAGUUUUACUAAUGCAUCUAAUUGAACAUGGCAAAAUAACAUUACCUCAAACAUACAUUUUGGCGGUUAAGUUGAAAUAAAAAUAACAAAAUUUAAGAGGAGAAUAUUUUCACUGACUACAUAGAAUUUUUCUAAAAAAUUGCAUCUAAUUAAAUAAAUUAAAAAUUAAUAUGACAAUAUUUUUUUGUACAAUUUUUUUUUUUAAGAAAGAAGUUAGUUAAAAUUUUGUUAUAUGUAUUUAAACUCAAAUUUAAGCCUAAACACUAUAAUUUAUAUUUAAAGUAAUUUUAGUUAUGUUGUGUUGCCUGAUAGUUUACUGAAUAGACAUGCAUUGGUGUCCUCCAUAUGAUUAUUUUUAUAUAUAAUAUAUAAUUUUGACUUUUCAGGCAACUCUAGUAAAAUAAAUGUCAAUUCAACUACAGCGAAAAAAUCUGUUCCCAUUAAAAAAGGAAAUAAUAAAGGUAUUUUACAUUAAUUUAUAUUUUUUUUUUAAUAAUUUCUUGGUCUAUUUUUAAAUAAAUUAUUUGCUUAAAUGUUAUGUCUAGUUAUUACAAUUUCAAAUAUUUGCUGUUUUAAAUUAAGCUAUUAUUAUUUCAAAAUAUAGCAUGGUAAAGUUAUUUGGUUACAUUCAUAUCCAUGAAAUAUUAUUAUCAAACUAUAAUAGAGUUUUUAAUUAUCUUAAUAUUUAUUAAAAUUCCAUCUUCAGCGUUUAAGUUGUAUAAACAUGUCCUAUAAGAUAAUAUUUUAGUAUUUUAUUUUAAAUAACACCAACAAGUUUGUAUUUAAAAAUAAUACAUAAGAUAAUAUUUUAAACUGACUAUUAUUAAUAUUACUAUAAUGAUUUUUUAGUUAUUCCUGCUAUAGAAAAUGCCAAUCCCAAAACUACAGUCAAGAAAUCUGCCCCAAGAAAAAAAGGAACUACGAAUGGUAUUUAUGUUUUGUAAUAUUUUAAAUUGAUUAUUUGUUUUUAAGUAUAUGUUUCAAGUUGUACUAUUUUAAAUAUUAAGAUAUUCUACAUAUCUUAUAUCUUAUCUACAUAUCAGUCUGUUCAAUGUAGUAACAUUUAUCAUACAUGAUGUUAAUUGUUAAACUCCAAUAGCUUCUAACUUGACUAAUAUUAUUUUUUUUUAAAUAAUAAUUAUUUGGCCAUAAUAUUAUGAUAAUUUCAUGUAAUACUUUGAUUUUUCAGGUAUGCUUAGUACAGUUAAUACCAGUAUGACUAAAGCCAAACAAUCUACUCCAAGAAAAAAAGGAAAUGUUAAUGGUAUUUAUAUUUAUUAAUAAUUCUUUUUAUAUUUUAAGUAAUUAUUUGUCUCAAUAAUAUGUUUCUUUUUAUAGAAUUUUAAAUUAGACAUACUAUUUUGUUAAAUAAUAAUUUACUUGCAUUUUUUAUUCUUAAACAGUUAUUUUCCUUUUUAAAUUUUUCUAUUCAUAUUUAAACUAUCAGCCUAACUGUUUUAAAUUAUCUUAACAAGGUGAAACUCAAAAUUUAAUUUUGCAUAAUAUAUUUUAUUACUAAUAUCUGUCAGUUUAUUGAAAAUAGUUUUCAAAAUCAACACAAAGUAAAAAGAGGACAGACAUACUUUGCAUGUUGGUGCAGUUACUGUUGUAGGUAGGAAUUUGGAAAGGUAGGAUACAAAGGGGAAAUUAAAAUAUAUCUGUAAGCAUUGAUAAACCAUUGCUAACUUAGUGGAGUUCAGUUGAUAGUGUUACUUUGUGAAUAAUAUAUAUUAUGUUAUAUUCUGGUAAAAUUAUUACAACAAUGUGUGUUUUCAUGACAAGAAUAUUUGUUUAAAAAAUAUUAAAAUAAUAAAUACUUAAUAACAAAAAAAUAAAUAAAAAACAGUUGCCAAUGACAACCUUAGUUUUAAUCUUUCAAUCUUUUUUAACCUAAAAACAGAUUUUCCUUAUUAUCUUAAAUAUUUAUGAGAAUUUCAAAAAAUACCUUUUUUAAAGUACCACCUAAAGAAAAUUUGUGUUUAGAAAAGGUGAUAAACUUGAUAAUCGGAGUAAGCUUUCUAGUAGAAAAAUGUUCACAUAAAAAAAUAAUAAAUAAACAUCACUGUAAAACCAAUACAUUCUUCCCUAAACUCUGAAUCUAAAAUUAGAGUACAUUUUAUAGAAAUGUCAAUUCAUAUUGACAUGGCGGUUCUUGUAUGAAAAUUGUAGAAUAAUUGAAUAUGGCUUGCCUGGCAAUUGCUCUACUAAUAUCAGGGACUUGACUUUUAACUGUUUAUGUUAGACUUAUAUCAUGAAUUUGAGAGGAUGUUUUUGUGAUGGUGUGUAUGAUUGAAGAUACCAUGGGUCAUUGGGGAUAGGGUUAUAUCAACUAAGGUGUUUACUACUUAAACUUAUAUUUGUUUACAGGUAUAAAUAAACCAAAACGCCCACCUGCUAAUCGCUCACCUGCUAGUCGUAAAAAGAUUUCUCAACAAAUACCUAAACCAGUAAUUGUUGGAGAGGUUACUAUUUUCAAUUUUGGACAAGUGAGUUACUUUUAAAAUUCGUCAUAAUUAUAAUUAAAAAUUAAUUUAAUAUUUCAAAAUUAAACAUUUUAUUUAUUUUAUUUUAUUUUAUUUUAUAAACUUUAAAAGUUAUAGUUUAUUUUUUUAUUGUUCAUCUUAGAUUAUUUAUGAUUCACCAAGUUACUAUUCAGACUGUGCCAUAUAUUCGGUUGGUUACUAUGCUACGAGAACGUAUGCACAUUUCAGAAAUAUAUAUUCCAAAUGUACUUAUCAUUGUAAAGUACUUAAAGGUGGUCCUUCUCCAAGGUCAGAAACAAUAUUUUAUUUAGUCAGUUAAAUAUUAUAUAAUUAAAUUACAUUUUUUUUUUAAAUUUAGAUUUGAAAUCAUGGAUCAUGAUAAACAUUUUAAAGUCACUGGAUUAAGUACAAAUGAAUGCCAUAAUCAUUUAUUAUCAUUAAUUAAUAAAAUGCUGGUUACUGAUGACCUAUUAUUUGAAACUGACAAUGGUGAUAGAUUUUUUGGAUUAACAUUGCCUUUAGUGCGUCAUAGGCUUCAGGAAAAGCCAGAAUCGAAAUUUUGUACAGGUUACAUUCCACUUCAAACAAAGGUACAAAUCAAAUAUUAAAAGUUGAUUAUUGAUUAUUAUAUGAUUUUAUUAAAAUAUGUAUUAAAAACAUCACAUUAGAGCAGCAUUUCCUAACUGGUGUGUUGAAGUAGGUGGGUCAGAAAUAUCAUGAUUAUACAUUUUUAAAUUAGUAAAGUAAAGUAAAUUUUUAUUCACAAUUUUGGUUAUAAAAAUAUUUGUAACAAUUUUCAUAUCAGCAAUUACUUUACUUAUAUUAUCAUGAAUUAUUAAUAGAUAGUAGAAUAAAAAUUAUUUUCGUUUACUAUUUCUUAUUUAAAUUGUAUUAUUUCUUUGGUGUUUGUUAGUCAUCUAUUGUGAAGUAAAUUUAUUAUAAUAUUAUUCUAGUGUUUUUAUUGAAAAGGAAGUUUAAAAGAAUUGCAUAAUGGUUCUUUUUUAAGUAAGAAGUUGUCUGUCUUGGUGAAGAAAUGACCAUAACUCAAUGCCUUAUUUGUAGUGAAAAACUGUCUAGUGAUACUAUGGUAUUAAGUAAAUUAAAAAGACACCUACUUAUAAUUGAAGAACUUACUUUUACUGUUGAAGAGCUUCUUUAUUAUUUCCAAAAGUAAGCCUCAAAUUAAAACAGUCAGGUUUCAAAGUUAAAAACAAUUAACUAUAUAUGAUAAAGCACAAGAAACUAUGCUGUGACUGAACUGAUAGCAAAACAAAAUAAUAAUAAUAAAUAAAUAAAUAAAAUUCCAUAGGAUAGCUGAGUCAACCAUUUUACCAGUAUGAUGUUAAAUUGUUAAAAUUAUGUUUGGUGAAGAUUUUGAAAAGAAGUUAAGAAAAUUUCACUAAUCUAAUAAUACUGUAUGUAUUAAAGACAUAUCUAAAGAUGUUGAAUCCCAGGUAAAUGAAAACUUUUAAGUAACUGAAUUGUUUUCCUAUCAAUUAAAUGAGUUUACAGAUAAAAUAAGAAAUCCUCUGGUUGUAACAAUAUUUAUUUGUGAUACAGAAUUGAUGGAGCAUUGUUUAUUUUACAAAGGGUUUUCUAAAUUUAAAAAAAGACAAGACAUUUUAAAUUUGGUUAGCAAUUAUUUCACAACUACCAAUUUUUCAUUGCAAUAUUGUUUGAAUGAUUACGUAGAUGGAUGCCCUGUAAUGAUUGGUUAUCAGACAAGUUUUUGAUGUUAGUUUAGAAAGAAAAGCCAGAUUUUAUAUUCACUGAUUGUUUCAUUCACAGAGAAGUUCUUUUUACUAAAUUGUUGGUGUCUAAGCUUAAUGAGUUAUUGCAAACUAUUGUCAAAAUGGUAAACUUCAUUAAAAGUAAACCUUUGAAAUCAAGAUAAUUUAAUUUUUUCGUUCUGCUAUGUACAGUGAGCACACUAGCUUUUGUUUCACAUAGAAGUGAGAUGGCUAUCCCCUGGAAUGGCUUACUUUAGGACUUAUUCUAGGGAAAUAAUAAUCCUCUUUUCCUAGCAAAAUUUAUUUUUUUUUUUUUUUUAUUAUUUAUUGUCCCAAGACCUAGAUGAUAAAAAAAAUUAAUUUUUUUAAUUUUAUAGUUCAAAUUACAUUCAUUCAUCUUAUACAUUUUUCAAACUAUUCUCCAAUAGGAUUCAAACAUGUUUAUACCCUUUGUAGACUUUCCCUAUUUGUUGUAGUUGAAAUUUUCCCUUCAGUAAGUUGAAUAUACACCACAUUUAUUUUAUCUUUCAAAUGCAUAAGACUGGUUGGUGGGUCUGCACAGUUUUUAGAUAUUUCCACAAAAAGUAAUCUAAUGGUGUAAGAUCUGAAAAGAUAUCUUACAAGGAGUAGCCAUUUUAUCAUUCCAUUAGUCCUUAUCCAACGAUUUUCAAAGUUUUCGUUCAAAUUAUUCCUCAGGAAACUAUUGCAUUAUGUACUUAUCAUUUAUUGAUUAUUUUAAAAUAUCCAAUAAUAGAAAUAAAUUGAUAUGUUUGAAGAUUAUUUGUAAAUCAAAACUAAUUUGUGAAUAAUACAAAAAUAUCAAAAAAACAAUUUCAAUUUAUAUCAAACAUUUAAAUAUUCACAGCUCGUAAAUUUUUUUAACAUAUGAAGUUGAUUCGACCUUAAAGUUCAAAAAAAUAUUAGGGUAAAAAUAGUUGCCCAAAAAUGGGGAGGAUUGCCAUUUAAAAAUAUAGUUCUUAUGCACAAAUUCAAAUUUUAAUGUUAUAAAAAUUGUUUCAUUAGUUUAAUAAGUGUAUAACGAAAAAGGCAGAAUUUAAUACAUUUAAUUUGUGCAGAGUUAUAGAGUAUUUCUAACUACCCAUAACACACUGUAUAUAAUAUAAAUGUGAAAUUUUAACAUAAUGUCAAUUUCAAAAACUACUGGACCAAUUUUUACUUGGUUUUUUGCAAUACGAUUUGUGUAUAAGUGCCAUGGUUAAAUGAAGUAGCAGUACUAUUGUUGACCAAGAAUUUAUUAAAAGAGACAUCAAAUUUUGGGCAAGAGAUGAUACCCUUCAGUGUGUCAAUGAAACACAUUGAGCAUAUGAUGUUCUGCAAUACCCAUUGAUUUAUGAUGUUCUGCAAUACCCAUUGAUUUUUUUCACUUAAUAUACUGAUACAGGCAAAGCAAAAACUGAAUAAAGAUAAAAACAAUAAAAAGUCAAUAUGGACCUAAAAUUAUUAUUAGCUAAUUAUUAUUAUUUAUAGCUUAAAAUUAUUUAGUAACUCAGGCAAUAUGGGCAGAUCAGCUAGUAUAUAUAUUUAAAUGUAAGUUGAGAUUAGUUUGAUGUGAGGGUAAAAAGGUUGGGAACUGCUGCAUUAGAGAAAUGGCAAAAUGUAUAGAUUUAAAAAAAUUAUCACUGCAUUUAUAUAAAUCAUAUAAAUUUAUUAUCUAUCUGUUUUACUCAAAUUAUAUGUAUCUGUAUUAAACAUUUUUAUCUGUAAAUUUUCACUCAAAGUACUUCAUCAAUAUUUUUUUUUUUUUACUAGGUUGAUAUCCAAGCAGAAAUAGCAGCUGAAAAUGACCCUUCUAUGAGCUUUGAGGGUUUACACGCCUGGUUAAGCCAGUAUCCAACUUCACAUUAAGAUUUUUAUAGAAACACAAACUAUGUAAUAGUUUUAAUGAUUAUUAUGAGUUUAAUACUUAGUGCACAAUAAUAAUUUUUUUUUAUUAUAAAAAAAAGACCUCGAAAAGGUCAUUGGCCCAAUAAUAAUUUGUUGCAUAGUAUUUGACAUAUUUUGAAUUAUUAAAUUAUUCACUAUGAUUUUUGGCAUUAAACCAUAAGUUUUUUAAAAUUCAUAAAAAAAUGUUAUCAUAUAAUUACAUAAUAUCUGUAUAUGUAUAAUCCUUCCUCCCUCUACCUUACUCAAAUCUUUUCAAACUGUAAUUACACAUUUUUUUAUUAAACACUUGGUGAAAUUCGAACAAUAUUAUAGAAAACCAAAUUUUGAGUUAAUAAGCUUAAAAGUACUGACUAAUCCACUGAUUCUCCAUUAUUACUUGUCUGAUUUGAUGAUGUAGAUGGCCCCCUUUUAACAAAUCUGAGAGACUACUAACAUUAUUGAUAAAAAUACCUUAAAGGAUAAGUUGCUCUUAUAAUAGCCCCUUUGAGGGCUUUCCAAUAUCAGUGAAUUAAGACUAUAAAGUCAAUUUAGAUAAUUUAUCACCCUACUAUAUCAUUAUUAUUCAUGCUAUUAUAAAUAUAUAUGUUUUUUGUCUAAUUUAAAGCACCACACAUAUGCAUAUUGUAUUUUUCAAAUUGGUCUAUACUCUAUAUGUAUUUAAAACAACUUAAUUAAUUACUUAAUUUAAGUUAACUGAACCAACUUUCAUUUUUUGUACAGCUCUUUAAUUUUCAUAUUGUGAGUUCAUAUUGUUUUCAAUUUGUGAGUUAGGAGUUUGCUGUGUAAUUUUAGUUAUAUACAAUCAAAAAAGAUAUACAGUGGAUUCCACUUAAUGUGGCAGACAGCCGCCUAAUAUGGGCAUAAUAGUUUGGUCCCAAUUCUAUUGUGUAAUGAUACUCAUUUCAUUUAAAAUGGGCAACCGUUUAAUGAGAUAAAUGUAACUGGUGCCCAAUGUGCCCACAUUUAGCCGAAUCUACUGCAUGUUCAUUUAUACUUUACAUAUGUACCCCUACAUUAAAUUUAGUAUAUUUUUAUAUUUUACAAAAAAAAAUUUUACGGGGACUUUCUGUUUUCUGGUUUAAUGUUAUAAUACUUAUUUCUUUGAAUAAGGUACAUAACAACACACAUAGGUAAAUUAUUAUUCAAUAAUUAGAUAUAGUUUACUUGAUGGUGCUUUUACUGAUUAAUGUAUUGUAAUAACUAAUAGGUAUUGUACAAAAUUAUCUUUACCUUAGCACUUAUUACAUUUUAGGAUUUUACUUGAGUUUUUAUUAUUGUCUGCAAAUUUUGCUUUUUUUAUACUAAUAUUGCGUACUGAAAGGUACUUGUUUUAACUUGACUUUAAUGAAACAUAUUGUAUUUUUAUUGUAAAACUAGUAUUUUAAUUUUAAAUUAUAGUUAUUGUUUUAAGUUGUUGUGUAUGUACAUUUUUUUUAAUAUAUAUAUCAAUCCUUAAUAUAAAUAGAAGAAUUAGUCGCUUUAUACACUAUACAUGUCCUCCAGUUUAUCCUUAUGCUAAUAAUUUUGUUAGUAUUCAUUUUUAAUUUUUCAGUCGGUUUUUUUUUUGCGGGGCCACAUAUGUAGAGAAAAAUUAAAUUUUUAUUAUCAUUUCUUAAACACUUCAAAAUUGUAAAAAUAACCAUUUUGUAAAAUAUAUUGUUCAAAAGAUUUAAUGUAACAUACAUUUUUCAAUGGUUAAGAGAUGAAAAUAAAAAAUUAAAUUUUCUCUACAUAUAUGUCCAGAGUCAUUAGCAUAUCGAUAAUACUGUAGGAUACCUGUAUAAAAAAGAAUGAGAAGAAUAUUGUUAUUUCAAAAAAAUCUAAAGUCAAUACUUUUUCUCUAAUUUAUCCGUGUGUAUACUGUAUACUUAACUCAAGUAUCUACUAAUAUAAUUAGUUAUGCUACAUAAUAGUUAAUACCUAUGUAUUUCACAAGUAUUAACUAAAACUAAUAUUACAU